CAAUAAAAAAAGAUAGGAAAAUCCCUUAUUUUUCAAUGGCAUCAAGAGUUCUGUUCACUAUGUUGAACAAGAAGAAAAACAAAACUUUAACAGCUGAGUCAAUAGUAACAUUGGCAAGAACCAGAGCAUAUUCUUUUACACCAAACCCAGCAAACAGAAACGACCUUCAUUCAAGAAUCAAUGCUGUAGGAGACCCAAACUUCAGUGUAGCUCCAGUUCUUCAACAAUGGGUUAAAGAAGGGAAAAAUAUCAAAGAGUUCCAGCUGCAGCGUAUCAUCCGCGAUUUACGUUCCCGCAGGCGUUAUACUCAUGCUUUGGAGGUUUCCAAAUGGAUGAGUAGUAACGGCCUCAAAUUUUCAUCGAGUGACUCUGCUGUGCAGUUGGAUCUAAUCGGUAGAGUUGAUGGGCUAAGUGCGGCUGAGAACUUCUUUAGUAGCUUAAAUGAUCAGUAUAAAAGUGUGAAGACCUAUGGUGCUCUUUUAAAUUGCUAUGUUCGAGAGGGCCUUAUUGAUGAGUCUCUUUCAAUCAUGAAGAAGAUGAAGGAGAUGGGUUUUCUUUCCUCUCCGCUUAACUACAAUGACAUUAUGUGCCUCUACACGAACACAGGUCAACUUGAAAAAGUCCCUGAUGUAUUGUUGGAGAUGAAGGUGAAUGGUGUCUCCCCUGACAAGUUCAGCUAUAAAAUUUGCAUCAAUUCUUAUGGAGCAAGAGGUGAUUAUAACAACAUGGAGAAGGUUCUACAAGAAAUGGGCAGCCAACGGCACAUUCAAAUGGAUUGGUGCACUUAUUCCGUAGUGGCAAACUAUUACAUAAAAGCAGGCCUUAAAGAAAAGGCACUUCAUUAUCUCAAGGAAUGCGAGAAGAAAGUCAGUAAAGAUGCUCUAGGCUAUGACCAUUUGAUUUCUUCUUAUGCCCAUUUAGGAAACAAAGAUGAAAUGAAAAGGCUGUGGGACCUUCAAAAGUCCAAAUGUAAGAAGCAAACCAACCAAAACUACAUUGUAAUGCUCAGUUCCUUGGUAAAGCUUGGCGAGUCUGAAGAAGCAGAAAAGUUGCUUGAUGAGUGGGAGUCGUCUUGUAAGACUUACGAUUUCCGAGUGCCAAAUGUUCUUCUUAUAGGAUAUUGUCAGAAAGGUUUAGCUGAAAAGGCCGAAGCAAAGCUGCAGGAUAUAAUCAAAAGAAAGAAGACUGCAAUCCCAAACUGUUGGUCUAUUAUUGCAACUGGAUACAUGAAUAAGAACAAUAUGGAGAAGGCUUUUGAGUGCUUUAAGGAAGCUCUUGCUAUAGAAGCAGAAAAUCAAGGAUGGAGGCCAAAACAAAGUUUAAUUUCAAGCAUAUUGAGUUGGCUAGGCGAGAACGGAGAAGUCAAAGAUGCAGAAGCUUUUGUAAAAUUGUUGAGAAUCAAGGUUCCUGCAAGUAGAGAAAUGUAUCAUGCACUCUUAAAGGCAUACAUCAGAAAUGGAAAAGAAGUAGAGGGGCUUUUGGAGAGUAUGAAGGAUGAUGAAAUAGAUGAAGAUGAGGAAACAAUAAAGGUCCUUAGCUUUCGAAACCAAAACUCUUAAGUGGUUUAUAAUAUGGUAGUAUUCGUAUUACUUGCACAUUAACCAUUGCUGGACACAAUCAUUUUAACCGUCAAUCUGACCAAAUGAUGACCUUACAGCUUGAACUUGCUAUAUUGAAAGUUCUGGAGACAUUUUGCUCCUCGUUGGUGAUAUCUUUAUUUCUCUGUCUCCUUCAGGAGCAUUCUUUGAAAUGUAUGCAGAUUUGUCAACUUAUUUGUCGUUAGAAGCAUGAAAUUAAUUUGGCUUAUUUAUCAU